AGCGGAGCGGGACGGGACGGGACCGGCAUGUGCGAGGCGGCGGGGGACGAUGCGGGGUGCGGGGCGGACACGGCAUCGGCACGGCGCCGCCGCGUACCGGGACACAGCUACCCGCGGCCCUGCGUGAAGUGCGGGCUGGGCUCGGCCGCCCUCGUCAUCCGCGUCGGGGAUGCCUUCUGCCGCGGCUGCUUCCGUGAGUACUUUGUGCACAAGUUCCGUGCAAUGCUGGGCAAGAACCGCGUCAUCUUCCCGGGAGAGAAGGUGCUGCUGGCGCUGUCAGGGGGGGCGGCCUCCAGUGCCAUGCUCCGUCAGGUCCAGGAGGGGCUCAGCCGGGAGACGGCCAAGAGGCUCCGCUUCGUCCCCGGCAUCAUCUACGUUGAUGAGGGAGCGGUGCGUGGGCAGAGUGUGGCGCAGCGGGAGCAGAGCCUGGCCCGCAUGGAGACCCUGCUGCAGGCGACCGGCUUCCCCUACCACCUGGUCCACCUGGAGCAGGCGCUGGAGCUGCCUCCAUCCAUCUUGCAGCCGGGGCCAGAGGGGUCCAGCAAGCCCAGCACCUCCUACAAGGAGGCUGUGGAGGGCUUCAUCCAGCAGCAGAGGCAGGAGGGGGACGGGGACAGCCUCAGCACUCAGGACAUGCCAGGGGGGUCCCCACCCUCCCCCCGCCUGCCUGCUGCUGCCCGCACCCAGGAGCUGCUGCAGCUCUUUGAGGCUGUGGAGACGUCGACAGCAAGAGAGGAGCUGCUGCAGAUGCUGCGGAUCCAUCUCAUCCUGCAGACGGCCCGGACCAGGGGCUAUGCCAAGGUGAUGACAGGCGAGAGCUGUACCCGUGUGGCCAUCAAACUCCUCACUAACCUGGCGCUGGGUCGUGGUGCCUUCCUUGCUGUUGACACGGGCUUCAUGGACAACCGCCAUGGUGACGUGAUGGUGGUGCGACCCAUGCGGGAGUACAUGGCCAAGGAGAUCGCCUUCUACAACCACUUCUUCGAUGUCCCCACCGUCAUCAUGCCACCCCUCUCCACCAAGCGCCGGGAGAAGCCCAGCAUCCACCGCGUGAUUGAGCGCUUCCUCCUGGGGCUGCAGGAGGAUUUCCCCUCCACCAUCAGCACCGUCUAUCGGACGGGUGAGAAGCUGAGCCCAGCUCCAGCCAAGGCGAGCAGCGAGUCCCAGCGCUGCCUGCUGUGCCUGUGUGCCCUGGACAUCGCUGGGGAGGAAGAGUUGGCCCUGGAGCCCACACUGAUCAUAGAAGAGCCAGAGCCAGUGGAGAACGGGUGCUGCCAGGACACCCCAGCAGCGGGGGCUGAGAGCAGAGCUGCCUUCAUCCCGCUGCUGUGCUACGGCUGCCGCCUCACCUUCAAGGAACUGGGCCCUCUCGCCACACUGCCACCCUACGUGCGUGCCGAGGCCCAGCGCAGGAUCCACAGAGCGGAGAUGAAGCAGCAGAGCCAGGAGGUCCCACUGGAGGAUGAGGAACCCAGCAAGAGCUGAAGGGGCUGGGGACAGUGGGGGAUGCAGACCCCCAUCCCCCUGGGGCGCUGGUGGGGCAGGGUGCCACCCCCUCCAGGGAUGCUCCAUACAAUAGUGGGGAACCAGAGCCCCUGGGCAGCCCUAGCACCCAGGCAGCUGCUUUUACACCACAUUUGCUGGUAGCACCAGGGCAGCAGGUCCCCUGUCCCACCCUGCACUCCCCCACCCCCUCCCCUGCCCCAGCCGUGCGUCAGCCGGGGAGGCCUCAGCUUUGUUUUAUUAGAUAUCUGUAUAAAUAAACCAUUUGAAUUAAUAAAAAAACCAAAACCAAA